UUGGGGGCAGAGCUGCGGACAUGUUGUCCCCCAAGAUGUUCAAGAUCAAGCGCUUCCUGGCUAAGAAGCAGAAGCAGAACCGGCCGAUUCCCCAAUGGAUUUGGUUGAAAACCGGCAAUAAGAUCAGGUACAACUCCAAGCAGAGGCACUGGAGGAGGACCAAACUGGGCCUGUGAGGAGCUCCCAAGCCCCAGAAUGGCUCCUUUCAACCAAUCAACCACAGCUCUU